CAAAUACAGUUCCUACAAGUACAAAAAAGGAGCAACAUUCUGGGCGGGAUCAAACAUCAAAACCACCCUCAUUCAUCCGUUGGUUCUUUUUGAAUUUCAAAACAAGGCUGCGGUUGGACUCUUGUAAACCCACAAUCCCCACCUCCCCCCCCCACGUUUCUCUCUUUCUUUCUGGUUUCAUUUUCAGGUUCUUCAUUUUCACCCAAAGUUUGCGUUUUUGGUCCUUUGGGUACUUUAAGUAAAAGGAAAAAACUUGCCUUUCUCUUCACCAAGUUGACAUCUUUUUGAGCUAGUUGAGAUCAUAUAGCUUGAACUGUCAAUGGGUGCUUCAGGGAAAUGGGUUAAAUCUCUUAUUGGUCUCAAGAAGACCGAAAAAGAAGACCAAGAAAAGGUGAAUGGCAAGGGCAAGAAAUGGAGGUUAUGGAGGAGUUCUUCACUGGACUUGGGAUCUUCAUGGAAGGGUUUCAAAGGAAAGUUUAGAUCAGAUUCUGAAGGCUCUGAUUCUUCACUGAGGACUGCUGAUUCUUUCUUCGCUGCAAUGUCCACUGUAGUUCGAGCAGCUCCUAACAAUUUCAGGGCUGUAAGACAAGAAUGGGCUGCUAUCCGCAUCCAAACUGCUUUUCGUGGCUUCUUGGCAAGGAGGGCUUUGAGGGCUUUAAAAGGAAUCGUGAGGCUUCAAGCCUUAGUUCGUGGUAGACAAGUUAGGAAACAGGCUGCGGUGACACUUAGGUGCAUGCAAGCUCUUGUCCGUGUUCAGGCUCGUGUUAGAGCUCGUCGUGUGCGAAUGUCGAUCGAGGGGCAGGCAGUUCGGAAGAUGCUAGAAGGUCGCCGCAGCAAGGACGAUGUCCUGAAACAAGCUGAGGAUGGCUGGUGUGAUAGCGAAGGGACAGUGGAGGAUGUUAAGACAAAGCUACAAAUGAGGCAAAAAGGGGCCUUCAAGAGAGAAAGAACUCUUGCUUAUUCUCUUGCUCAGAAGCAAUGGAGAUCAAAAACAAGUUUGAGCUCCCGGACUAAUAGUUCGAUUCCAUAUCUAAAGAACCAAGACUUUGAUAAGAACAGUUGGGGAUGGAAUUGGCUCGAACGUUGGAUGGCAGCAAGGCCCUGGGAGACUAGGUUGAUGGAACCAUCGCAUUCUGACCCUGCCGAAUCAACUCUAUCGAAAACUUGUUCCGAGUCCCUUUCAGGAAAGAAUACAAGAUCUUCCGAACCAUGCUCAGUGAAUGUCAGAAAUAACAAUAUCACCACUAGGAUAUCCGCAAAGCCUCCUCAUAUUAGGUCGGUCACUCGAUCGUCUUCAAGUCCAUGUUCCGAAUUUCAUUAUGAUGAAAGUUCUGCUUCAUCUUCAAUAUGCACUUCGACAACACCGGUUUCCGGAACCACUAUCUUGCCGUCAGAUGGAACAGAGGAGAGUGGCAGUAGGCCAAACUACAUGAGCAUGACCGUGUCUACCAAGGCAAAACAAAGAGGUGGCAAUCAUGGCUUCCAUAGGAUCCAAAGGCAGUCCAUGGACGAGUUCCAGUUCAAGAGGUCAGCUGCACUCUACAAUGGGGAUUCGAAAAGUAGUGUCGGUUCAGACCCCUCGGUUCAUAUGCCUUGACGGCUAUAUGCUCCCACGCAAUUUUAUGUUUCUUUGAAGUCCAACAUCUUGUUGUUCAUUUUUAU